GGGAGGUCUGCUCGUGCUACUCACGCCGUGGCUGCUGAAGUCAGUCCGCUCAGUGCUUUCCCAGAGACAUGUUAAGAGAAUUAGUAUAGCCCUCAUCUAACGCUGUCGUAGACCUGCUUACCUUCGAGUUAAGCUUUUUAAAAAUCCACCAGUGUCAUCGCCACAUCCCACCUUGAACCUCUCCUUUAGAGACCUGUUUUUCUAUUAUUAUUAUUAUUAUUAUUAUUAUUAUUAUCACCAACAGUUGUUAGGCUAUCCUAUUUUUUUUUUCUAUUUCCUCUCGGUAUCCGUAACUCACUGAAUCUUUCGCUCGGUUUGUUGUGUUUUUAUCGUACAACCAAAAAAAGAGAAGAAAUGAAGGCGAUUGCUCCCGUCCGCCCUCAGAAGGACUCCGGCUCCUCGGGUAACAACAGCAGCAGCAGUGCAAACAGCAGCAGCAGCAGCGAUCUUUCGUUGCACUGUCUGUCGGACCACAGCCUGCACAUUGCGCGCUGCAGGAUGGAGGAGGAGGACCUGUACAACGGCGUGCCGUACGGCGACAUGAACGACUGCUACAGCCGCCUGAAGCGCCUCGUGCCCACGAUACCGCAGGAUAAGAAAGUCAGCAAAGUGGAGAUCCUUCAGCACGUCAUAGACUACAUCUUGGACCUGCAGCUCGCUCUCGAGACGCACCCUUCCCUCAGCAAACAGCCUCAGCAGCAGCAGCGGACCUCCGGAGCAAACAACCCCACCCGGACACCGCUGACGGUGCUCAACAUUGACCACCAGAGGACGUCAAUAGUUAAAAAGCCGGAGGACUCAAUUUUAUGCCGUUGAGGUGGAAAUACUGCAACGGUGCGCUGCAGGGCCGCCCCAGCCGCUCCUCCGCCAGGGACUCUCUCACACUGGAGGCACGGGGAUCACCAGGGGGAUUUUUCAAAACCACUGGAAGAAAUAUGAAAAAAUGUAAUUAAAACGCUAUUUAUAGAACUUUUUUUUUAUGUGUGCCGAAGCACUCCCUGUUUUAUUUGGCAUAACUCGUUUUUUGUUUCUUGUAACCGGAUUUAAUCAAACUAAAAUAAACCAAGUUGAGACACGGAGUCCCUCGCAGCUUGGACGGCGAACUGCAGGCAACAGCUUAUGGAGAACUGUGUGAAGUGUGCGUUCAAAUAGCUUACAGAAGUCCAGUUUAAAGCUUUACUAAAACGGUGAACAUUGUUAAUGUUUCGGGCAUCUAUUGUUUAAAAUAGGUGAUUUGUGUUGAAAAGGGUUUUCCCUGGGAUCUGAAAUUGUUUAAUAUUGUAAAGAAUACAAACAAUUCAAGUCAAGGCAAUUUAGAUUGUACAUAUAGACCAACAAAUGUUCUAUAAAUGUAUGUGAAAGGAAAUACUUAUAUGCUUCAAAUAGACUAUUGUAAUUAAGAUAUUUUUAUCAAUUGUUUUUUUGUUUUGUUUUGUUAUAAUGUAAAUAUUGUGUUACCCCGUUAAUAUCAUCGUCCUAAUAUUAGUUCACCCUUUGCAGUGUGUGGAGAAGUUUAACACGUAGCAUGUCCGGCUAAUUGCAAAGACGUCUGCACUGAAACAUCCAUUUUGUGUAAAUAUAUCCUCUGGAGUUCAGCCUCACAUGUCCCUCAUUUGUGGUCUUUGCUCCUUCAAGCUCAGCUUUCUCUCUGAAUGUUUUUUUUGUUUUGUUUUCAUUUCUGACAUUUCUUGAAACAUUCAGCCUAAAGAGCCGGGCCCCGGGUUGUAUCUUAAGGGGCCCGGUUGGAUUCUGUUACGUUUCAACGUUGUGUAACAAAAAGUACACUGCAGCCGCUGCAUUUCUGACCAAGUUUACAAAUAAAAGAAAAAACACAUCUUGAAAUAAAUGUAGUCAUGAUUAUGUUCCGCCUUCAUUCUUCAAUAACGGCUCUCAGGUUCCUAAUCAGAAAUUGGUUAUGAAUUAUGAGUGAAGCUGGGAUCGAUAACUAACAAUUAGGCUCUGUUUGGAUAAUGCUGUUUUUUGUUUUUAAUAUGCAAGGCCAUUUUCAACCAAAACAGCAGCCAUUGUUUCUAUCAGAAAUAAAAUGUUUUAUUUUUUUUAAGAUUUGAACACGAGUGGCACCUCAAGGUUCUCAGGGGUCAGAGGCCUGGACUUGACCUUUGAGAGAACUCCUCAAGAGUGUUUGAAGUACUCCAGGUGGAGUCUCUCAGCCCAAGCCUUGUGCUCCUCUCUCUAAGGCUGACGUGGUGUUCUUUGGUUUAGUGCGGACGGAGUCAGCCAAAACGUAGGUUAGCCGGUCUAAAGUUAAAACAUAGUCGGACGCCCUGGUGUCCUUGUGGGUUUUGUUUUAAUUUGUUUUUGCUGAGCUCCGCUCUGAAUCACCUCGUGUGUUUACAUUCAAAGCUGUCCUCUGGUACUGAGCAGGGCCCCUCUUCAUAAAGAAACAUCAUUAUGGAUUUUAGAAAUUAAAAUCUAAAAUAUUCUAUUGUAUGUGAUUUAAAGGGCGAUGGUAGCCGGCAUAUUUGUAAAACUACCUUUUAUUUAAAAAAAUAUUAUGAAUGAAUUAUUUUGAAUCAAUCAAUUGUUUUCUUCAAUUUUGGCAGAUGCAUUAAGCAUGCAUGCAUUUCUGCCUCAGAGUAACACUGAUUGAAUUGCUAUGCAUUAAACAUUUUAUCAGUAAUAGUUGUAUACCUAGCAGGAAUAUAUAAUGUUGAUUAAUUACUAAAGCUGAUCGAUCAAUUCACA